AUGAAGCCACCCACCACUAUCGAUCCUAGAGACGAGAAUACACCAGAUGCCUUUGUGCUGCGUGAUCCUUCCAUGGUUCGGCUUACUGGAAAACACCCCUUCAAUGCUGAGGCCCCGUUAAAAUCAUUAGAGAAAGCCGGCUAUGUCACACCUAAUCAUCUUCAUUUUGUACGCAACCAUGGACCAGUACCACAGCUUACAUGGGAAGAGCAUCGCAUUGAUAUCACUGGUCUUGUCAAUUCACCCACUACCAUCACUAUGGAUGAUAUUGCAUCCAUGCCACCGACCACAUUACCCGUUACUAUGGUUUGUGCUGGCAAUCGUCGAAAAGAGCAAAACAUGGUCAAGCAAUCCAUUGGAUUUGGAUGGGGCGCAGCUGGUGCAAGUACAGCAUGUUGGACCGGCGUUUAUUUACGAGACGUUAUAAAUCGCUUUGGUGGUGGGCUGAAAGAUGAAGCCAAGUUCAUAUGCUUUGAAGGCGUUGAUAAGACAUCCAAGGGUGGCUAUGGUACAUCAAUAGCUGCAAAUCGGGUGAUGUCUGAUCAUUACGAUAUCAUGUUGGCGUAUAAAAUGAAUGGCGAAUUGUUGCCAGCCGACCAUGGAUUUCCAAUUCGAGUCAUUAUUCCUGGAUGUAUUGGUGGUCGAAGCGUCAAAUGGCUUGGACGCAUUGAAGCAAGCGAUAGUGAAUCGACGAAUCCAUUCCAUAACGGUGAUAAUAAAGUGUUCCCAACGCAAGUGAAAUCAGCUGAACAAGCAACGGAUGAGAAAUGGUGGCCACGACCUGAAUACACACUCUAUGACCUCAAUGUUAAUAGCGUUAUUUCAACACCCAACCAUGAUGAGCGUAUCAUGCUACACAACCUGCAAGAAACGUAUACAGCGCGUGGAUACGCAUAUACGGGUGGCAAUCGACGAAUCACACGUGUAGAAAUAUCCCUUGAUAGCGGCAAGACAUGGUUGCUGGCUACAUUACAUCGUCCCCCUUCCCAUCAAAUUGCUGCUGCUUAUGGUCAGCUGACUGGUCCUGGUUACUAUCAAUCCUCACGCUACUGGAGUUGGACAUUGUGGCAUGUCGACUUGGAAGUUGCAGACUUGGUGCGUGCCGAUGAAAUGGUGGUGCGAGCAUGGGACGAAUCGCAAAACACACAGCCCGAGAACCUGACAUGGAACCUCAUGGGCAUGAUGAACAAUUGCUGGUUCCGUGUAAAGUUGUCAAUGGAGCGUGAACCGUCAUUGGCUAUUCGAUGUGAGCACCCUACGUUGGCAGGUCCUCAACCAGGUGGAUGGAUGGCAGCAUUGGUCAAGAAAGAUGAUAAUGCCGAUGUAUCGACAACACCAGACACAACAACAACAACAGCAAAGCAGCCCUCUUCAUUGCCAACAUACACCUUAGCUCAAGUUGAGAUGCACCAAAAAGAAGAUGAUUGCUGGAUUAUAGUACAUGAUCUCGUAUACGAUUGUACACCCUUUAUGAAAGAUCAUCCUGGUGGGGCAUCAAGCAUCCUGAUAACAGCUGGCACUGAUACAACCGAAGAAUUCGAUGCCAUUCAUUCAAGCAAAGCACACACCAUGUUACAAGAUUAUCUGAUCGGUCAGCUCUCAUCAUCAUCAUCCGAACAUAGUUCAACCACAUCAUCAUUGGCAUCAUCCAAUGCUUUCAGUCAUCCCGAUACCACAAACAGCAGCACAAUCACAUUGUCAUCAUCAAUCAACAUCAAUGACGAUCAUACAUCAUUCCUCGAACCCAAGAAAUGGAAAAAGAUGACUCUUGACAGCAAACAAUCAUUAUCGCCCACCAUUCGUCUCUUUCGUUUUGUAUUUGAUGGAUGCAAUCAGCCACUUGGUUUGCCAAUUGGUCAACAUGUAUAUCUCAAGAUGCCUCAGGAGCAAACGGAUCGCCAACAACGGCAAACACAACCAAAAUCAAUCAUGCGUGCCUAUACACCUAGUGAUUCUGGUCCUGGAUUUGUCGAGUUUAUCAUCAAGGUGUAUUUCCCGGAUCAUCGACAGCCUGGUGGUGCAUUCACUCAAUUGCUGGAUAAGCUGCGUAUAGGUGAAACGAUUGAUGUCAAGGGUCCAUUGGGCGAAUAUGAAUACCUUGGUGAUGGUCAUUACUCCCUCAUGCGUCAGCCAGCUCGACAUGUACAACACAUUGGCAUGAUUGCUGGUGGCACUGGCAUCACACCCAUGUGGCAAAUUCUCGAUGCUAUUCAACACGACCACAACCCACCCAAAGUAUCUCUGAUCUACUGCGCACGCCAUUAUGAAGAUUUGGUCCUCGCCAAAGAAAUCAUGGAAUUACAACGCGUAUUGGGUGCUCACAUGUUCCAUGUUAGGUUCAUCCUCUCUAGGCCUGGCAAUGAUUGGGGACAUGGCAAAGGUAGACUCACAGCCUCAGAGAUUUCCGAGCACCUCUUUCCACAUGGAACGUCAAGCGACAAUGACAAGAUGGUCUUAUUGUGUGGGUCCGAUACUAUGAUUGAACAUUGUUGUAAACCAUUGAUUGCUCAAGUAAUGGGUGACGAGUUUGCGUUGAAAAACAUCUUUGUAUUCUAG